AUGUUGCCAACCAUGGACGUUUCCGCGCUCGUCGCGCAGAUGCAAGAGAUUCUGGCGGCCAUGCAUACCACUCUUUCCUCGCUUGAUCCACACGUCCACGAUGCGAGGCUUGAAGAGCUCGAAAAGGAGCGCGGCGACGCCAUCCAGGCGUUAUCCCAGGCCUUUGAGGCCGAGUCGGAGGCCUUGGGCCAAAAGCGGGAGGCUGAAAGGCGGGAGAUUGCCGAGCGACGACGAAGAGAGGACGAAGAGCGCGAAAGGAGGAGGCGUGAAGAGGACGAGAGGCUGGCUGCGAGAGACCGCGAGGAGGAUGCAGCACGGGAUGGGAAGCUCAGGGCAGAUACCGGCAGAAUUGAGCAAGAGACGGACGAGCUGAUGGACCGGGCGGAAGAAGAGGCUCGAGCGGCCAUGGCGGAGGGACGGGCAAAGCUCACGGCCCUGCAGGAGAGGAGAAGGGUGAGUAUUUCUGUUUUACAAAUCACACUCCCACUAAAGUACUGA